AUGCGUGACGCACUCAAAUCAGAAAAUGGUAAAACAUUAAUCAAAAUCGAACUGAAAAUACGCGGGAUCGAAGGAGUCAGGGGCUCCACGGACCGUCCAUGUACACCCAAGUCUUUAUUCCAUCACAGCUCUUCGGCGUUUGGCUCCAAAAGUCGUUCGCUCGCGUCGACCAAAAAUGCCCCCGCCGCCGCCGAUGUGCCCGCCGGCCCUCCGCACCUUCUCGUUUAUCCCUUCCUCUCCUCCGGCCACGUCAUCCCCCUCCUCGACCUCGCCGACCGCCUCCUCCGCCGCGGCGUCCGCGUGACCGCCCUCGUCACCCCCUCCAACCACCACCUCCUCCUCCCCCUCCUCUCCGACCAUCCCGACCUCUUCCACCCCCUCGUCAUCCCGGCCCCCGACACCCCCUGUCUCUCCAAGAACUUCCUUAUCGUCAAGACCCUCUCCAUGCGCCACCACCACUACCCGGCGCUCCUCGAGUGGUUCCGGUCCCACCCCUCGCCGCCGGUCGCCAUCUUGUCCGACUUCUUUCUCGGGUGGACCCGACACCUGGCCUUGGAGCUCGGCGUUCCCCGCAUCGUGUUCUCCCCCUCCGCCGCCUUCGCGGUGUCCAUCGAGUUCUCGCUCUAUCAAAACCUACCCAAGAACGGCGGCGGCGACGAGAACUCCACGGUGACCUUCGGUGACGUGCCGAACUCGCCGACGUACGCGUGGUGGCAGAUUUCGCACCUCUUCAGGAUAUACAUGGAAGGAGAAGCCGACAUGGAGUUUCAUAGGGAGGGCUGGCUGGCGAACGCGGCGAGCUGGGGCGUCGUCUUCAACACGUUCACGGAGUUGGAGCGUGUCUACGUCGACCACAUGAAGGAAAAGUUCGGGCCAGACCGGGUCUGGGCCGUGGGCCCGCUCCUACCGCCCGUGGAUGACUCGGUGAGCCUGACUAGCCGGGGCGGGUCCAGCUCGGUCCCGGCCGAGGAGGUGCUGAAGUGGCUCGACGGCAGGAAGGAGCGGUCCGUGGUGUACGUGUGCUUCGGGAGCCGCACGGCGCUGGAGAACGACCAGAUGGCGGCGCUGGCGACGGCGCUGGAGAUGAGCCGGGUCCACUUCAUAUGGUGCGUGAGGGAGACCGCGGACGGGCUCGUGCUGGGCGGCCACGGGCUCGUGCCAGAGGGGUUCGAAAGCCGCACGGCGGGACGGGGCCUGGUGAUCAGGGGGUGGGCCCCGCAGGUGGCGAUACUGCGGCACCGCGCGGUGGGCGGGUUCCUGACGCACUGCGGCUGGAACUCGGUGCUCGAAGGGAUCAGCGCCGGGGUGGUGAUGCUGACGUGGCCGAUGGGCGCGGACCAGUACACGGACGCGACGCUGCUGGUGGACCAGCUGGGCGUGGCGAUCAGGGCGUGCGAGGCCCCGGACGACGCCGUGCCCGACCCCGCCGAGCUGGCCCGGGCCUUGGCCGAGUCGCUCGACGAGACGAGGCCGGAGAGGGGCCGGAUCAAGAAGCUGAGCGAGGCGGCGGCGGACGCGGUCAACGGCGGAAGCUCGGACAAGGAUUUGGACGGAUUCGUGAAGAGUCUAGCGGAGCUUCAACGCGUCAAGAAGUGACGCGGGGGUUGACGGAGAGCGGUUGAUGGCUUGUCCGAUAUGAAUAAUUUAUUUUUUAUUUUUUUC